AUGGCAGAGGGCUGCUGCGCCGCGUGGGCUGCGAAGAUCUCGGUCCGGCGAACCAACGGCGGUCAGCUGGUGAAGGAACUGGCCGCGCCAGCGCGCCGCUGGGGGCUGCGGGCCGCCGCCUGCAGCGGCUCCGUGCCGCCCGGAGUAGCCACUGGAGGCGCCGACGCGCCGCCGCCCCCGCUCGCGGGGCCACCCGAGCGCGAGGAGAGCAACGUGGACCUGAAGCUAGAACCAGGCAGCAGGGUUCGGGUGGUCGACCACGCUCAAGGCGGCACCUCCGAGCUCGACGGAGCGCUCGGGGUCUGCGCCAGCUUCCACGAGGCCACUGGCAAAUGGGAGGUCUUGCUGGCGAACGGCGGGUCCUGGAUGUUGAAAUCCGAGAGCUUGCAGGACGUGCGAGGGGGGCAGAUCUCCGAGCCGUCGCCCGCGUCCACGGCAGCGCCAGGCGCGGGUCAGGAGACGCACUCGUGGGCGUCUUCGCCGAGCAGCUGCGACGAGCAGGGCCACGCCGCCCCAGCUGCGCUGCGGCAGGCGGCGGAACCCACCUCGCCCGACGUGGAGCGCAGCUGCGCGCAGAGCCGCGUGCGGAGCGCCGAGGCUGCCCUGGCCAGGGCCGUCGAGGAGAAGGAGGAGCGCGAGGAGGAGCUGGCCGCGGAGGUCGCCGCGCUGCAGCGGCAGGCUCGGGCCGCCGAGGAGCGCGAGGAGGGGCUGCGCGAGGCGUCGCGGGCCGCUGCGGCGGCCAGCGACAGACUGAACGCCGAAGUGGCCGAGCUGCGGCGGGGCUUGGAGGCCCAGGCGGAGCUGCACGCGGAGGCGGCGUGGCUGCGGCGGCGGGAGCAGGAGCUGGCCACGGAGGUGGCCGAGCUGAGACAUUGCGGGCAGUCCUCGCUGGCGGCACGCGACGAGUUGGCCGAGGAGGUGGCUGAGCUCAGGAUGCGCGAGCAGGCGCAGGCGGGGCAGGUGGCAACCGCGCUCGACCAGCGGCUCACGGCGGAGGCGCUGGCGAGCCAGGGCGCGCAGAGGGUGCAGGAGCUGGAGGAAGCCCUUGGCCAGGAGAGGUCGCGCUCUGAGACGCUUGCGGAGCAGGCCGCGGCCAGCAGCAGGCGCCUGGCGGAGAUGGAGGGCGCUCGGCCUGGGCGCGCACCGGGAGAGGAGGCCUCGCUGGCCACGCCGACGAAGAGCCGGCUGGCUCCGCUGGACGAGUCGCCAGAGAAGGAGCCCGAGCCCGAGGCAAGCCGCCGCUGCGCGGGCGAGGCCCACGCCGCGCAGCACGGGAGAGAUCCACGCGACCCGCAGGUGGUCGAAGAGGCCAGGGCGUUGGCCAGACAGCUGCUCGUGCUGGAGGACCAGAACAUGGAGCUCCGCCGGCAGACCCGCGAGUUCGCUGCGGACCUCGCUGCGGAGCGGCGCGCCAGGGGCGCGAUCGUCGCGGAGGGGACCGCCUUCUUGGAGGGGCAGGUCCUGGAGCUCCGGGAGGCAUUGGCCCACUCGGAGGCGCGAGAGAGCGACCACGCCCGCGGCUGCUCACGCCUGUUCGUGGACUUGGCGAGGGCGGAGCAGGCCCUGGCCGCCUCCGAGGCGCGAGAAGAGGAUUGCGCCCGCAGCUGCGCGCAGCUGCUCGCGGAGCUGGACCUGGCGCUGCAGGUACAGGCCGCGGCCGAGCUCCAGGCCGACAGGCAGGACGCAGCCAGCGGCGACUCGCGGCUGCUCAAGGGAUGGGGGCCGCCACCGGCUGAGGAGGCCCCCUUCGUCUUUGCCAGCUCGCCUCGGCCCCGCCGCCUCGCCGCCGCGCCCGUGGGCCGCCAGGAGCGGCCAGGCGACUCCGAGGAGUCGGACUGCGUCGUCGCCUGA